AUGCGUUCGAACAUCGGAGGAAUCCGGAAACCGGAAAUACGUCAUGAACAGGAAGCCGGAAAUGACGACGAAAUACGGAACCCGGAACCCGGAACCCGGAACCCGGAAGAAGUGAACUUACAACAGAUGUCCGGCAUCCUCUCAUUAUAG